GGGUUAUAUACCUUUAUUUAUUAUAGGCUAACAGCUGUUUCGGAAAUGCAUUUGUGUAGGUCCAUGGUUCAAUUUUAUCAAUUGACUGAUUGACUGAAAAUAUAGGAAACCACCCUCACAAUGAUAGUUUCCUCAGAAAUAAAACAAAUCAACUGCCAAAGAAAAGAAGAAAAGAAAAGAAAGUGGAUGGAAUUUGGUCUGUGUGGAAUUUAUAUGGAACUGUACAUAUAUUAUACAUAUAUUGAAUUAUGUUGAAUAAAUAAGAGAGGAAUGCUCUAUGUUGCAGAGUAUUGAAACUGAACUUUUAUCUUGCAGCUCAAGUUUCUUGCCACAUAUAUACAUAUACAUACAUAUAAACAUAGAUAAGCAUACAUGCAUGCAUACAUACAUGCAUACAUACAUGCAUACAUACAUACAUACAUAUAUACAGACAGACAGAAACCUCUUCUUCCAAGACCAUUGUGAAAGUAACAUCAUCAUCACAACAGAACAAACAGCUUGGAAGAAGGGAAUCUGGGGAUGUGCCAAGCAAUUGUUCAUAAACAAAACUGUAAUGUCAGAGGUGUGGAAGCAUAGAAGGAACCUAGUUUCAAUGUGGCUGGACUACAAGAUUCAUGGAUGCUAGAAACCUUUUGACUUGCUAAAGUUCUAUUGAGCAUAGUCAAAGCCAAGGAGUGAUUGUAUUAUCACUGAUGGAAUACAGUAUUGUAGAGGUGUAUUCCAAGGGGACAGCCUCUCUGAGAUGUUGUUUAUUCUUUCCGUAAACCCCCUCUCUGGUUCACAAAGAAAUAGAAAUACCAUGCACAAAUAUGUACAUACAUUCAGAAAUACCCAGUUGAUGUUGUUGAAAUGCCAGUUAAGAAGGCUUGGAUCUAGGUUAGAAACUGGCUCUUUCUCUGUUGGCAAGAAAUCUUGAAAUAAAACUGAAUAAUGACAAACAAGCACACACAAACAAACAAUAAUCCCAGUCUCUUCCAUUAUUAUUGCUUAAGCACAUUUCACUGUGGGUUGUCAAGUUUUCUGCAGCACCACAUAUUACUACUCAAUAUAUUCCUUUGUCAUCUCUGCGAAAUCUAUUUAAAGAAAUCUAUUUCUGGUGUAUUCUUCAGGUGUAUCACCUCCAUGCAUCUGCCGCCUACAAAACUUGUUUUCUUUGUUAGCAUACCUGUAAUUCCACGACAUCUUUUAUGCACUGGGUACAGCAUAUGCAGUUCCUUCCCUAUCCUUUUCUUUUUGUCAAGCAUGAUUAAUUUCCUGACUGUAACAGUGACCUAUCUUCUUUUUUGCUUACUAACCUUGAUAAGUUUGCUUUAAGACCUCUCAAUUCGAGGUUUUGUUUCUACAAAUUUGUGAUGAUUCACAAGACCAUGAUGAAUAGGAGGUGGCUGAGGCCUGAGCCUUGAUAAACCCCUGCAUCAUCAUCAUCAUCAUCUGUUGUCCAUGCUGGCAUGAGUUGGACAGUUUGACCAGGGCUGGCAAGCUGAGGGUCUGCACCAGACUGCAGUCUGUUUUGGCAUGGUUUCAAUGGCUGGAUGCUCUUCCUAAAAUUUGCCACAUCACUGAUUUUCACUUUACUCACUACACCUUUGUACAUGACUUGCACCACCUUCACAAGUUAUUCAUCUACAUUUAGCUUCUUUAGGGAUCACCAGAUUACUGAACUUCACCUUGUCAAAUGCCUUAUCAGAGUCAAUGAAUGCUAGAUAUAGUGGCUUACUCUUGGCAAUAUAUUUAUUCUGUAGUUGCCUUACUAGGAAGAUGGCAUCUGUGCUACCUUUUCCAGCACAAACCAAAUUGCAUCUCAUCUAAGUUAAUUUUAUUGUCGAUCAAUUCUUCUAUGGCUUUUUCCAUAACCUUCAUAGCUUGGUCCAACUACUUGAUACCUCUGUAAUUUUUUCUCAUUAAUGCUUUUCUUUUGCCCUUGUAGCAGCUUACAAUGAUACUGUUAUGCUACUCAAUACCUUCCUGUAUUACAUGAUGAACUAUUUGGGUAUCUGGCAUGUAUCCUACUUCACAAAAUAUUUUGAGAAUCUCAGCAAGUAUUUCAGAUGAGCCAGCAACUUACCUUACUUUUGCUCUGUAUGUGUGUGUGAGAGAGAGAGAGAGAGAGAGAGAGAAAGAGAGAGUCAUUUUGCUCCUGACAAAGAUAAUAGCUCUCUGAACUUUUUCUAGCCAGUCCUUAUUCUAGCAAUUAAACUCUCAGAGCAUCCUCCUCCAUUAUUAAGAUACCUAGGUAGCAGAAACUAUUUACUAUUUUUAAGGCUCCCUUCUCUGUUAACUUUCUUGUGGUGCCUCUGCACCUUAAGUGUUCACAGUUUAUGGAAUUCCUGUGUACACUUUCUCUACAUGUUAAGCAAGGCUAUUUUUCUGAAGAGAUUAGUGGUUUGUCUGUUUUCCUGCUAACUAUUAGCAUAGAGGAAUUCCCACAUGCAACCAGUCUUACAUUCUUUGACUUUGGCUUGGAGGAGUAUGAUAAAUAAGAGGGAACAGAGAACUGAGUCCUCGUAAACUCCUGUCUGCACACUAAAAACUCAUUAACUUUCACCUUAAUAAUAAUACCCCUGUUGAUGACUUGAACAGCUCUCACCAGCUAUUUUAUUUGUCUGUCCCAAGCUUAAACAAUGAUCACCAGUUAAAUGAGUGUGGGAUCCUUUCAAAGGCUUUCUGUAGGUCAGCAAGUACCAAUUACAGCAGUUUAUUUUUGGCUAAAUACUUAUUGGCUAAAUACAGUAUUGCUUCUUCCUGGCUAUGGUAUUCUGAGUAUUUCGAUUAGUCUCCCUUUCAACAAUGCUCCAAAAAUAGUAAUCCAUCGAAUUUAAAUGCAGCUUCUUUGGAGGCUACAAACUUGAUGUUAUAUGAUCAUAAAGAUGGUCCGACUGCUGCCUUUGUGAGAAGGUACUGAAUCUUGUUGAAACACAUAUAACCUUCCACUGCAUACUUCAUCCAUUCAGGGCUUAACAACUGUCUCCAGAACCUCAGUGUAUCUAGUAGAAAGAUGUGAGAUGGUAUGAUAUGACCUUUGUUACUCACCACUCCUAAGACCAUCACUGUUGUAUAUCAGAAGGCUCUGUAUUGGGUCAUCCCAUAAAUAAUGUAGUUUUUUCAAUUGCAUGAAUUAAAAGUCAGAAAGGGAUGGGAUAAACUACCUGCAUUAACUUGUUAUAAAAGUAGGUAGUAAUUUUACCUUGUCCUUAUUCUUAGUGCAAGUUUUGAAGAGUGCAGUUUGAUUUUAACAGUUAUUUUUUCAAAGCUAUAAUGGAAGUGACAAAGGAACAUAUUCAGUAUAUUUUGCUUUAUGGGUUCAAUAAAGAUAACAACACAACAGAAAGUGCAAGGAAUAUUAAUGUAGUAUAUGGAGAUUGGACAAUAAAUGUAAGCCAGUGUCAAUGAUGGUUCCAGAAAUUUCAAGCUGGAAACUACAGCCUAGAAGAUAAGUCUCAUCCUGGAAGAUCUAGAGAGCUCAACAAACCCUGGUGGAACAAAAUCCCAUUAUCACUGUUGAGGAACUAGCAGGGAAGCUUGGAUUUGGUUGUUAAACCAUUCAUCAACACCUGCGUACCUUCGGAAAAGUUAGCAAAUUGGGUCAAUGGGUUCCUUGCAGACUUUCUGAGUCUAAUCACGUGCAGAGAGUGAAUGUGUGCUCUUCUUUGCUGUCACAUCUCACGAAUGAACCUUUUUUUGAACCGAAUAGUGACUGGUGACGAGAAAUGAAUUCCUUAUAAAAAUGUCAAGUGCCAAAGAUAGUGGGUAGGGAAAAGAGAAACACUGGCACCCCAGACUAAAGAAGGUCUUCACCCAUGUAAGGUGUUGUUAUGUGUUUGGUGGGAUAUGAAAGGUUUAGUUCACUUUGAACUUUUAAACCCAAACCAAACAAUAACAACAGAGAUUUGCUGCGAGCAGCUUGAAUGGCUAAAGUCAGCGCUAGAAGAAAAACAACCAUCUUUCGUUUCAAGACAAAAGGUGUUCUUUCAUCAGGAUAAUGCUUGGCCACAUACAGCGAGAAUAACAUUCCAAAGGUUGGAGCAGUUUGAAUGGGAAAUGAUGCCCCAUCUGAUUAUCAUUCCACAGUCUUCAAAAUCAUUUGGAUGGAAAAAAUAUGAAUUCUGUGGACGAGGUGAGAACAGUACUGGAGGAGUAUUUUUUGUCAUGGACAAGGGAAUUUUGGGAAUGGGGCCUUCCAAGUUUACCAUAUAGAUGGAAGAGCAUUAUAGAAAAUGAAGGUUGGCAGUAGAAAUGAAUGUGAAGGCAGUAAGGAAAAUGAUAAUUCUGUGUCGGAAUUUUAAGAAACUUGAGGUAUUUGUACAUGUAUCGACAGCCUAUGCAAAUUGUGAUCGGCCUUUCAUUGAAGAAAAUAUCUAUGAACCCUUUGUAGAACCCCAGAAGAUAAUUGAUGCUUUGGAUUGGAUGGAUGACGAUAUGCUAUCAGCUAUAACCCCGAAACUUCUUGGCCAGAAACCUAAUACAUAUACUUUCACGAAACAGUUGGCUGAAUAUCUGCUAUAUAAAGAAGGUUCAGAUUUACCAUUGGCUAUUGUUAGACCAUCAAUUGUGGGAGCAGCUUGGAAAGAACCACUUCCACCCUCCCAUGAAAUCUGGUUUUGUGCAGAUCUUCCAGAUCACUCGUCGUCUUCCAGGGAUGUUCUUCCUUUUUUGAAGUGCCACUUGAAACAUUGUGUAUGACCCAUCACUUCAUCGCCAUAAGCUUGCCAAAGCAUGCUCAAUGUCUCUGUAACACUGUCUUUGUAGCAGAAGCUUAAUGCAAAAUUUUACAAUGGCUCUUUGUUCCAACUUCCUGACCAUUACAAAAAUUGCAGACUACAGCAUACAUGUGAUCACAAAAACACAAAUUUCACAACUUGUGAAGUAAACACAGUAAUUUCACUUGGCACACUGCCUCAUGAAGGUCACUGAUAGCUCUCACUGUGCGCGCAAUCAUGUGUUGUCAUCUGUUGGUGUGCUACAGAACUAGUCCAGGAACUUUCUGAUACCACCUCGUCGUCAUCGUCGUCGUCGUUUAACGUCCGCUUUCCAUGCUAGCAUGGGUUGGACGAUUUGACUGAGGACUGGUGAAACCAGAUGGCUACACCAGGCUCUAAUCUGAUUUGGCAGAGUUUCUACAGCUGGAUGCCCUUCCUAAUGCCAACCACUCAGAGAGUGUAGUGGGUGCUUUUACGUGUCACCCGCAUGAAGGCCAGUCAGGCAGUACUGGCAACGGCCAUGCUCAAAAUGGUGCAUUUCAUGUGCCACC